AUGAAGGACGCCGUCCCCAAGAGUUCUUCUGGUCCCCAAGUCAAGAAGGACAAGGAAAAGGAGGACAAAAAGCCCAAAGAAGAGACGACCACCAAAGAGAGCAAAGUGAAGGUGGAGUCGUCCAAAGAGGCGAAAAGCGAGGAGAAAGCCGAUGGAAAGGAGGGCUCUCAAACAGAGCCACGCAAACAGGUGAAAACCGACCCAAAGGAGAAAAAGGAGGGUAAAGAGCGAGUGGAGAAGGAAAACGGCGGUAAAGUGCCAAAAGAAGAACCUAAGGAGUCUAAAGAACUGAAAAAGGACAUUGAGCUGAAAAAGGAAGAACAGAAGGAGACGCAAGCUAAAGGCGGCGCAAGCUUUCUUAGUUUCCUUUUCGGAGGUGGUGGUGGUGGUGGUGGUGGUGCUGCCAGCAAGGCCGAGCCCAAGCAGCAGCCUAAAAGUAAGGAAGAAGAGGCCAAAUCGGAGCAAUCUAAAACGACGCUCCAAGAGAGCAAACCAGAAGAAAAGAUCGAGAAGGAGGAGACUGAAGAACUGCCCGGUCGACAGGCAAGCAAAGUGUCGAAGAAGAAGGUUGAGGGUGAAAAGAAAGAGAGCAAGCCAUUCAGCAAAGAUGCUGCUGCUAAGGAGCCCAAAAGCGGAGCCAAAGAGCGCACGAUAAACAAGACCGAGGCUACGAAAAAGGAAGACAAGAAGAAGGAGGCCAACAAGGACGGUAGCAAGGUGAACAACAACAAGAACAACAACACUGAACAGUUGAAAAGCAAAGAAGUAGCUAAAGAGGCGAAAAAAGAAGUUGAACCCAAAAAACAGGCUGAAAAACAGUCCAAGGAGCUCAAAGCACCCGAGCGGAAGCCUAGCUCUGCGGUGGUGAAGCCCGAUUCGAAAGAGGGCAAAGAGUCCGCCAAAGAGAGCAAAGCCAAAGUCGAAUCGAAACAACCGCCGCCGGGCAAGGGCAUCGACGCUAAAGAGACGAAGAAGGACGCCGCCGCCGCCGCCGAGGCAAAAGAACCAGAGCUUCGAAAAGCAGCUAGUAAGGUGAAAGCUGAAGAGCCUAAGGACCAAGGCAAGGCAGAACAGCCCAAAGAGAAGUCCAAAGAAGGCGGCAAACCACCGGUGCGCUCCCAAGAAGUUGACCAGGAGACGCACGCCAUCGGCGCCAAGAGCCACGACGAGAUGAUCCGCAGCCACGACUACGAGAAGCUGAAGGAGGAGCUGCUGGGGCGGAAGGCGCUCUUCAAGGACGAGGCCUUUCCGCAUGAGAAGCACGGCGAGUACUUCACCCAGGGGCGGCUGGCCGGGAAGGAGGUGAAGUGGCUCCGUCCGCACGACAUCUGCCCGGAGCCGCACUUCAUCGAGGGCGGCGCCACGAAGCUGGACAUUGCCCAGGGGAAGCUCAGCGACUGCUGGUUCAUUGCCGCCGUCUCCACGAUGACCUCGCGGAAGAGCCUCUUUGAGAAGUUCGUCCCGCUGCAGUCCUUCACGAAGGACUACGCCGGCAUCUUUCACUUUCGCUUCUACCUGUACGGGGAGUGGAUCGACGUCGUCAUCGACGACUACCUGCCCACCGUGGACGGCGCCCUCGUGCUCGGCCACUCCGCCUCGAAGAACGAGUUCUGGCUGGCGCUGCUGGAGAAGGCGUACGCCAAGAAGAACGGCGGCUUUGAGACGCUCAACUUCGGCAACGCCAGCGAGGCCUUCGUCGACUUCACCGGCGGCGUCGCGGAGAUCUUCACCUUCCCCACCGUCAGCGAGGUGCCCGCCAACCUCUUCGCCAUCCUCUACCGCUACUACCUGCGAAACUCGCUCGUCUGCACGUACAUCAGCCGAAAAGAUGGCAAGGUCGAGGACGAGCUGACCAAUGGCCUGAUUCUGAAGCACGAGUACGCCCUCACCGGCAUGUGCCGCCUCUGGUACAAGGGCAAGCUGGUCCGCCUGGUUCGCCUUCGAAAUCCCUGGGGCAAGUGCGAGUGGCGCGGCCCCUGGGCGGACGGCUCCGUCGAGUGGGCCUCCGUGACGGCCGAGGUGAAGGAGAAGAUUGGCCUGAAGAAGUUCGACGACGGCGAGUUUUGGAUGCCCUACACCCACUUCAUCGAGCACUUUAACGUCUUUGAGUGCUGCCAUGUCGUGUCUAGCACCGGUCCACUGGAAGUCAGCACCUGCGAGACGUACAUGUGGAACUUUUACGAGCAGACCGGCGGCUGGCUGGGACCGAGCGCCGGCGGCUGUGCCAACCACAUGGACAGCUUCGUCAACAACCCAAUGUACGUGCUGACCAUCGUCGAGCCGGACGUGGAGGACGAGGAGGGCGACGAGAACAACUUCAACACGGUGNUUGGAUGCCCUACACCCACUUCAUCGAGCACUUUAACGUCUUUGAGUGCUGCCAUGUCGUGUCUAGCACCGGUCCACUGGAAGUCAGCACCUGCGAGACGUACAUGUGGAACUUUUACGAGCAGACCGGCGGCUGGCUGGGACCGAGCGCCGGCGGCUGUGCCAACCACAUGGACAGCUUCGUCAACAACCCAAUGUACGUGCUGA